GGUCAUUAAAAUAAUGGCAGGCGCGUGCUCACUCUAUAUGCAUGUCAGUUCCAACAGGUGUUAGUAUACGUGGCAUCUACUCUUUUUUUGCACGGCGAAACCUUCCGAUUUUAUAGUGGUGUAUAACUACCUUGAGUUGACUGAUUGUGUAGGUAUUCGUUCGUUCUCAUAAUCCUAUAAAACAAAGAUGAUCGGCGCCGCCCGGCUCGUUUUGCUCGCUAUUACACUUUGCGUAUCAACGGACGGCCUCAAAACAAGUAAGAAGUGCAUUCGAUCUCCUCGUGUUUUCAUCAACAGAAGUGAAAGUGGAUGUCUCUUCUCCCUGUUCGUGAAAAUCGGCGGUUUAGAUGGCAGUCUUGGCGUACAGGACAUGUGGAAAAGCAUUUAUUUGCCAAUCUUCCGCAACAUGCACAAGUUCUGCACAAAAGAAGAUGACUUCAUUGGGUGCGUUGCUACCAGAAAGUUCACGGACUACAUUCACUGCAUGCGGGAUUACGUUUCUUCGAGCACCAUUCACAACAAUACUGGGAUAGGCCCCGCAUACAAGUCGAUGCUGAAUGAUUAUGCGACUUGUCUAGGAAAGAAGAUCGACGACUACUACUGACAUCACAAUUGCAAACAAAUCGA